AUGUCUCAAAAACAGUACCCUUCCAUGAACCGUGCAGCCACUGAGCGUGGUUUGGCUUCCUCUACAUCCAAGGGCACUGGGCAUGUGGCAGGCAACAACACUGGGCAACCAUCUCUCGUUUCUGAUGCAGCUGACAAGGUCGCUGUGGAGAAACAACCUACAGGCAAACCCAUCACCUCUUCUGGCCCCUCGACCACUAAGGAUCAGUGGACCAUGACCAAAUCUCGACACAAAUGUCUUGAGGAUGUCAUCAAAGAGGAUAAUGAACUUUUCACAUCUGUCAACGUAUACUGUGUUAUACAUUGGCGACUAGUUGCAUCAAACAGUAUGAAGGCAAAAGCCUAUCAUUUUCAGGGGUAUCCAGAAGGUUUUUCGGCUGCAGAUCCAUACAGUCAGCAAGGCACACUCCCCCUCUCCAAUGGUCAUUCAUGGGGAUACCCCAGGAUUGAUCCAAGUGACAUUGUGGAGAACCCCACCAUUUAUCAUUUAAGCCGUUGUAGGCGGGAUAAUCGCCCACACGCAGAACCGGCUUGGAUACCCGUUCACACAUUCAGAAAACCACUUUCAUUCGUGCGACGACUCGGUAUGGAAUUGGUAUCUAAAAAUAGUCCUAAUUCGUACAAUUCUGACGAUACCAAGAACGUCCCAAUCGGAGGAGAUUUGACGGAGUUCCAUGUUGGGCAAGUUAGGCACGGGCAUGUGCGGGCGUGGGAAUCUCAAGCGGCAACCCAGAAUUCCAGCCUCACUCGUUCCCACGGCAUUUAA